AUGGGAUCAAAAACACCUGAAGACUACCAACAAACUCCUAACGGUUCAAACUCUAGUGACCUUAAACCAGCAAAUCCUACCGUCAAUGUGUCUCAAUGGGGUUCCAGCUCAGCCGACUUGGAUCGGGGGAUCGUUAGUGACGACGACGACGAUGACGCCAACGAGGUGGUGGGUAUGAGCAUUCCCCUUCAUAACGCUGAGAGAAAGAAAAAGAAGCGCAAGAGAACCAAGAAGAAGCAGCAGGUCGACAGCGCCCGCAAAGGCGUUGGAAAGGCCGAGCUGAAACAAAGUGACCCGCCACGCGUGUUAGUCUCGACACUCUUUCCAUCACAAUAUCCUUCUGGUGAAUUUGUGCCCUAUGAAAACACCUCUCGCACCAUUGAUGAAGAGACACGCUACAAUUCACGGCUAUGGGACCCGGAUUUCCUCACCGACUACCGCCAAGCUGCCGAGAUUCAUCGCCAAGUUCGCCGAUAUGCGCAAAAAGAGCUCAUCAAACCUGGAGAAAGUCUUCUCUCUAUUGCCGAAGGUAUCGAAGAAGGUGUUCGAGCGCUUUCUGGCCACCAAGGACUAGAGAAAGGAGAUGGUUUCAAGGCCAGCAUGGGAUUUCCGACAGGGUUGUGCUUGAACAACGUUGCUGCUCACUGGACUCCCAAUCCGCGUGAGAAGGAUAUAUUUCUCAAGGAAAGUGAUGUUUUGAAAGUCGAUUUCGGGGUACAUGUCAAUGGCCGUAUCGUGGAUUCGGCGUUCACGGUUGCUUUCGAUCCUACGUAUGAUAACCUCCUUACUUCGGUUGAGGAGGCUACAAAUGAGGGUAUCACGCAUGCCGGCAUUGAUGCCAGAAUGAAAGACAUAGGAGCCGCGAUUCAAGAGGUGAUGGAAAGUUAUGAAGUCGAGAUCGCAGGAAAGGUUUUUCCUAUCAAGGCAAUCCGAAACAUUACUGGUCACGAUAUUCUUCGAUAUCAUAUCCAUGGUGGGAAACAGAUUCCCUUCAUCAAGAACAAUAACCGAGACAAGAUGGAGGAAGGCGAGGUUUUCGCAAUUGAGACUUUCGGGAGUACUGGCAAAGGAUACUUGAACGACGAUUUUGGAGUAUAUGGCUACAGCAGAAACGAGCAUGUUUCAGGAGCCAACUUGCAUCUUGCCUCGGCGAAAAGCUUGCUCAAAACCAUCGACGAAAAUUUCGGAACGAUCGUCUUCUGCCGUAGAUAUCUUGAGCGUCUCGGGGUCAAGAAUUAUCAUCUGGGAAUGAGAAGCUUGAUCGACCACGGGAUCGUAGACUCUUAUGCGCCACUUGCUGACGUGAAGGGUUCAUACACGGCACAAUUUGAACAUACGAUUCUGAUUCACAGUGGUGGAAAAGAGAUAAUUAGUCGUGGAGAUGACUAUUAG